AUGAAUAUUGGCAAGGGUUACUUUGGUGAAGUAUUCCUGGUUAAAUCUAAGGCGGAUAACAAUAACUAUGCUAUUAAAAAGAUUGAACUAAAGAAAGUAGAAGAUGAAGGUGACUACAAGAAGAACAUAAACAGGGAGGUAAGCAUAUUGCAGAAUUGCGACCACGUGAGCGUGGUGAAAUACUACGAGUCAUGGCGCGAGCAAGGUAAAACUGGAAGCGACCUUGCCGCAAUAUACAUCCGAAUGGAACACUGCCCGCUCGAUCUCUAUGAAUUUUGCAAAUCUAUCAAGAGCAUCUAUAAGCGCAAUACAAACGAGGUUAUAUGUUUGGUAUCAUAUUUCAUUAUGCUUACCAUGGUCGAAGAGAUACUGGUUGCAUUGGACUACUUGCACAGUAAAAAUAUAAUGCACCGUGAUAUAAAACAGUGGAAUAUAUUGCUGAAACGUGAUGGUAAUAAUUGGGUAAAGCUAUCUGACUUUGGAUUGGCCAAGGUGGAAGAUGCCUAUUCACAAACCCAUACAAACGUAGGCACCGCCACUUAUAAAGCGCCCGAGGUGAAAUGGGGCGGCCAUUAUACCACGUCGGCAGACGUGUUUAGCCUGGGCAUUAUGUUGAUUCAAUUUUUUGACCUCGAUAUAAACAAGCAGGACGUUCACCAUGAACUAAAGGACUUGUUUGCGAGUAUGAUUGCUGGCAAAGCGACUGAACGUCCCACGUGCAAACAGUCACUGGCUGAUAUUAAUAAACCGCCCCUGGUCUAUGAUCUAGAUAAAGUGCGAGCCGAUCAUCAUAAUAUUUCUCUUUUGGGUCAAGAUGAAUUUCUAAAGUCAUAUUAUACUAAUAAAAUGCAAUUAAAAUCUGAUAAUUAACACACACGAGAGAGAGAGAGAGAGAG